AUGUUUGUUGUGUUUCUGCUGUGCAUUGUCUUUCUGGUCUGCUCAAAUAAGGGCCUGGAGAAUCUUCUCCAGACUACAUCUUUUAAUUACCUCUUUCUCUGUCUCGCAGACUCUGCAACAGCAUGUUAUAAAUGUAAAAAAUAUCAUCUUGGGUUAUGCUAUGACACCAUGAAGAUCUGCAUCCUAAAGCACCAACAGUCCUGUGCUAUUGAGAACCUUUACUUCCUUACAAGAAAAGGGAGAAGUAUGUAUUAUUAUUCCAAACUGUCAUGUAUGACCAACUGUGAGGACAUCAACUUCUUAAGUUUUGAGAAAAGAAGAGAGCUCAUCUGUUGCAGACAUAAUAACUAUUGCAACCUCCCUGAGGGAGUUUAAUUCUAUAUCUCUCCUG